AUGGAAGGCCUGCCACCAGCACCCCUGCCCCCGUUCGAGACGGGUCUGAGCUGCUACAGCGUUGAGUUCUCGCCGUUCGAGGACAACAAGCUCGCGGUUGCCUGCUCGCAGCACUUCGGCAUCAUCGGAAAUGGACGUCAGCUGGUGCUCCAGGCAAUGCCAGGAGGUAUGACCGUAGUUGCAGCCUUCGAUACACAAGAUGGGCUGUAUGACUGCACCUGGAGCGAAAACAACGAACGUCACCUCCUCUCCUCAUCUGGCGAUGGCUCCAUCAAGUUGUGGGACACCGGGCUGCCGCCUGCACAGAACCCCCUGCGCAGCUUUCACGAGCACACGAACGAGGCCUACAGCGUGGACUGGAAUCUGGUGGCCAAGGACAGCUUCGUCUCAGGCGCCUGGGACAACACCGUCAAGUUCUGGUCUCCCGAACGGCACGAGUCGAUUCGCACGUGGCGGGAGCAUAGCUACUGCGUGUACUCCACGAUCUGGUCGCCCACGUCGGCCACUCUCUUCGCCUCAGCCUCGGGCGACGGCACCCUCCGCCUGUGGGACGUCAACGAGGCCGGCGCGGCGCUGGUGAUUCCGGCGCACGGCGGCAUGGAGGUGCUCACCUGCGACUGGUCCAAGUACAACGACAACAUUCUUGUCUCCGGCUCCGUCGACAAGUCCAUCAAAGUCUGGGAUAUCCGGAAGCCCAGAGAUCCGCUGUUCGUGCUGCAGGGCCACACGUUCGCCGUGCGGCGCCUCAAGUGCUCGCCCUACAACGAAAACAUCAUCGCCUCGGUCUCCUAUGACAUGUCGAUGAUGUUGUGGGACCUGGGACGGCCGGAGGAUCCCUUCAUGCAGCGGUACGAGCACCACACGGAGUUCGCGCUGGGCGUCGACUUCAACAUCUUCGUGGAGGGCCAGGUCGCCACCUGCGCCUGGGACGAACGCGUGUUUGUGUUCGACCAGAAUGUUGGGCCAGUGCUGCGGUGA